AUGGUGACAGGGCAGGGGCUGGCUGGGAGCACCUGCUCGCCGCGUCCCCGUGUCCCCUCUUCCCGGCAGCACCGCAACGCAGGUUUGGCCUUUCCGGAGCCCUCGGCCCCGCGAUGGGGCAGCUGUGACGGAGACGGGACGCGGCGGGUGCCCGGGCAGGACGCGCACUGGAGGCGUUGGAUUGGAACGGUGGCUCCCCAAAGGACGUGGCUGGGGACGGUAAGAGGCACCGUCCUGCCCCCAGCUCUAAGGAUGCACCGGCUUCUCCUGCUUGGCUCCCUUUGGCUCUUGGCAGCACCGCCAGCAUCAAGCAUCUUCCAGCGGCCGACGGGGAGCCCAGCCCCCCCGCGCCUGCAGUACCUGCUGGAGCCCCUCCACGCCGCGGUGCACACGCAGCGGGGUGCCACGGCCACCCUGCCCUGCGUCCUGCGCGCCCUGCCCCGCAACUACCGGGUGAAGUGGAGCAAGGUGGAGCCGGCCAACUACCGGGAGAACAUCAUUAUCAUCACCAACGGGCUGUACCACAAGAACUACGGGCCACUGAGCCCACGGGUGCGCCUGCGGCACAGCCACCGCUACGAUGCCUCGCUCACCAUCACCAAUGUGGCUCUGGAGGACGAAGGCCGCUACCGCUGCCAGCUCGUCAACGGGCUGGAGGAUGAGAGCGUCUCGCUCACGCUGCACCUUGAAGGUGUCGUCUUCCCCUACCAGCCCAGCAACGGGCGCUACAAAUUCAACUACCACGAAGCCAAGCGAGCCUGCGAGCAGCAGGACUCCCGCCUUGCCACCUACCAGCAGCUCUACAAAGCCUGGACGGAGGGUCUGGACUGGUGCAACGCCGGCUGGAUCCUCGAUGGGACUGUCCACUACCCCAUCAUCAACUCGCGGGAGCCAUGCGGUGGCCGUCUUCUCCUGCCAGGUGUCCGGACCUACGGGGCCAGGGACAAGCAGAAGGACCGAUUCGAUGCUUUCUGCUUCACCUCUGCUCUUCAAGGCCAGGUCUACUUCAUCCGAGGCCACCUGAACUUCAAGGAGGCUGGGCAAGCGUGCCGCAACCACGGGGCUGCCAUCGCCAAAGUGGGGCAGCUGUACUCCGCCUGGAAGUUUUCCCAGCUGGAUCGCUGUGACGGGGGGUGGCUGGCGGACGGCAGCGUGCGGUACCCCAUCACCACCCCCCGCGAGCGCUGCGGGGGGCUGCCGGACCCCGGUGUCCGCAGUUUCGGCUUUCCCAGCAAGGAGCUGCGGACCUAUGGCACCUACUGCUUCGUGGAGAAGUAG